GCACGUGUAGGCUGUAAGCCUGUAUGUCCUUCCUUCCACUUCAGCAGCCAAAAGUCCACCGAACUUUGCCGAACACCAUUUCACUCGCUGCUUCUGUGUGCUGUGCUAUGCUUCCUGAGAUUUUGAAGAACCAAUCUUUCGUUGAAGUAAGAAAGUGUGAUUUUUGGGGACAUUGAUGCUAAUAAAACAUGGAAUAAAUUCUGGGUUUGUUGCAAGAACUUGCCUUUACAUGUUGGGUUCGUCUGGUGUGCUGAGAAGGCAACAGUUUCUGAUAAGGUCUCUCGGAGUUGGAGGUUGCAGUGAUCGUAACACCAUCACAAAUCAGAAGGCAAUGCAAGGAAUUAUGAAAUUCACGAAUCGACCCUCUUUGGAAGCCGACGCCGAGAGCAUUUUGCGAGCAAUCACUCCGACCCUCGAUCCCAACAGACACAAGGGUCAGGCUGGAAAGAUAGCUGUUAUUGGCGGGUGUCGUGAAUACACUGGUGCUCCAUACUUUUCUGCUAUCUCAGCAUUAAAAAUUGGUGCAGACCUGUCCCAUGUCUUUUGUACAAAAGAUGCAGCUUCGGUCAUAAAAAGCUACAGUCCUGAGUUGAUUGUACACCCAAUUUUAGAAGAAUCGUACAGUGUUAGGGAUGAGGACAGAAGUUUUGUCUCAGAAAAGGUUCUUGCUGAAGUUGAUAAAUGGAUGGAAAGAUUUGACUGUCUUGUCGUUGGUCCAGGCCUCGGAAGGGACCCAUUUCUUCUGGACUGUGUGAGCAACAUCAUGAAGCAUGCAAGGCGGUCCAAUGUCCCAAUUGUCAUUGAUGGGGAUGGACUCUUUCUGGUCACAAACUGUAUUGAUCUUGUCAGUGGAUAUCCCUUAGCUGUGCUGACCCCAAACAUAAAUGAAUAUAAGCGCCUUGUACAGAAAGUUUUGAGCUGUGAAGUAAAUGAUGAAGAUGCUCCCAAGCAAGUACUAUCUCUUGCAAAAAGGAUUGGUGGUGUAACUAUACUUAGGAAAGGAAGAUCUGACCUCAUUAGCGAUGGUGAGACAGUCAACUCAGUGAGCAUAUACGGUUCUCCUCGACGAUGUGGUGGGCAGGGUGAUAUACUUUCUGGAAGCGUUGGUGUAUUUCUAUCAUGGGCCCGUCAAAAGAUCAAAGAUGGGGAUUUGAGUACCAGUUCCAGAAAUCCUGCACUACUGGGGUGCAUUGCUGCGUCCGCUUUAAUGAGGAAGGCUGCAUCCCUUGGUUUCGAGAAUAAGAAAAGGUCAACCCUCACUACCGAUAUCAUCGAGUGCUUGGGGAGAAGUUUGGAGGAUGUCUGUCCAGUUGGUUGAUGCUGUCGACUUCCAGAGCGUAGCAUUUGAUCUACUGACAUUCAGAGAGACAUCAAUUUCAUUUGGUUAUGUUACGUCGGUCAGAAUCACGUUUUUUUCUGUUUCCUUCACACCUUCCAGACUAUUUGACUUGUAGAUAUACGAUACUAGUUUGUUGUUGCUGCCGUUCUUUGGAACUCUGGAUGAUAUCAUAUAAUAAGGAUGAUGUUUUCGUGAGUAUAUAAGCUGCGCCGACAGCCGGGGUGUUUCCAAGCCA